CCGCCCGGCGGCACGCGGCGGCCGACGCGGCGGCCGGCGCGGCCGCGGCGUGGCCGCCGCGGCCGUCCGAGCUGGACGAGCGGAGGAGCCCCAGGCGCUCAAGAACGACCGGCUGGAUGGAGCUGGACCACAUCCUCGGGAACUUCGUCGAGCGGCACGUGGCCGCCCUCACCGAGCCGCAGGCGGAGCUCCUGGAGCACGUCCUCGGCCACGGCAACGACGCCCUGCUGCGCUGGCUCGACGGCCGGGCCGCCGUCCCAGAGGACCUGCGGCGCAACGAGGUCAUGGUGAUGCUGCUGCGCUACGUGAAUCGCGACCACCCCGCGCUGGAGCCCGCCUGAGGGCACGGGCGCCGGCACACGCGCGGGGGAGGCGAGCCGGACGGACCUCGGCGCCCGCUGCCCUCUCGUGGGCCCCUUCUGCGGCCGCGGAGAGGGUGUCGCAGCUCGAGAUGGAAGCCAG